UUAAUGAGGAAAGACUGGCAGAAUUUCACAGUGAAAAUGAGCAGCUCACUAAGAUCAAGUCGAGGAAUCAAACUGAUGAAGUCGGGCCUUUUCUCAGAUGUAUGCAUUCGCAUAGAUUGCACUGGAUUCCAGUGCCACAAAAUCAUCUUAGCCUGUGCCUCUGAGUUCUUUGAGAAGUUAUUUCAAAAAGAUUUGAAGGAAUUUUUGUUAGAUGGAACAACUCCAGAAGUUUUUCAGAUAUUCCUCGAUUUUAUGUACGCACCUGACGAUAAAAAACUCUGCAAAUUGACUUUGCGCUCAAAAAGAUAAAAUUUCCGAAAUUAUGAGGAAAUGUCAUUGGAGGACUUUCAAAAUGGUCCUGGAAAGUCUAACGUAUUGUCAGAAUCAGAGAAGUUGGAAAUAAGUUAUAAGCUCGGCCGUUCAAAAAAUGAAUGGACUGUAUGGGAUGGAAUGGAUAAAAAGAAGCGAGACUUCCUAAAUCGCAUUCUUGACAACUAGUUUGGUGACUGUAAAGACUUUAAACUAUUAAAUUAUAU